CACGUCAAUACGCUGUUUGGGAGCGCAUAGCUUGGCUAGAGUAGUUAGCAACCAGAUAGAUACACAUUCGGCGCGCCAUCAAACCUUACAUCUGUGGAUGAAGCGAACCAAGGGGAAACAGCUGUAUGCAGGCUAUGUUAGCGACCUGAAACGGCAACAUCUGACUGUGGACACGUAGGAAAGAGUCUUUGCCUACAUACAUUGUUGUCAUUUUCUGUCUGCUGUUUUGUGGAUAACAAAAGCGAAUUCGAUUCGAACGGAGUCAUUGGAACAGACGAGUGAAAGAGAAUUGAACCGCAGUGGAUGUCUUGCUCUUUCUGAGUUCACAUCGUAAUACAACUAGCUGAGUAAUCGCAUGGAGAUGGAGUGAAAUUGAGGUCAUCUGGAAUUGAAUUGCGGCUGAGAGAUGGAGAAUUUGUUUUGUCCGCUCUGAUCUAAUAGGAGGGAGAGAAGAACUGCUGGAUACAUAGGGGAUACAACCCCGAUAUGAACGUGGCUUUCUCGCUCCGCUUGAGGUAGUUGCUAAAGCCAAUGAAAGACAGCGGUCUUGAGAACGCAUACGGUCGCUUUGGAAUGUAGAUAGUUUAUUCUUGCACAUUUAAAUAAAACUAAUGUGAUCUAAUACUAGUAACUAGGACUAUCGUUGCAUAUUUUUUUGUUGUUGAAUUACUCUUCCAAGUAUCAACCAACCGAUCUUCUACGGGAGAAUGGCCAUAAUACGAGAGUGAAUCUGCCUCUUGCUUUGGAGGCAGUGGAGUUAAUGGUGUGAGUGAGAUUUCUCCCUCCCCCACCAUCACUACAGCGACACGCCAGAGGCUGUCCACUGUCUAGUACAGACUAUCUGGCCUCCUCUUCUUGUGGUCCCUUAUGCUCAAUGAAGGCUAUCUCUGGGUCGCUACAGGAUGGAUGGUGUGGAUUUGACGGUCCUUGUGUGUCAUCAUCAGCGCUUGCUCCUCUGUGACUGUUUCCUGUUCUUUUCCAUUUAUAAAAGAACGCCCCCUCUUCUGGGCCCAACCACCCCUGAGCGCUGUAAAAGUUAUAGUAACUGUUGUUGCUAAGUGACACUUACAGAGGAGGUUAAGUUAACUCUCCCCCCCAUCCAAACUCCACAGAGGGUUUUCUCCAGAGGUUUUAUUUUAUAUACCCAUAUUAUAUAUUUCCCCUCUCAGGAGUUUGUUUGGAAGACGCACAGGUGUUCGGUUCUUCACAACAAAAGUUUUGGUUUAUUGUUGGUUGAGGUUUACAGUUACUUUUUCUCAAGUUUUUUGUUCUUCCUUGUAAUUUAUUUAUACCUCAUAUUUUGGAGUUUUUUUCUCAUUGCUCACUCACACCCCCUGGAAUAAAAAAAAACAAGAUGUCGGAAACAGACAAGUUCCUAGCCCCUUUCCCUCCGCCGCCCAAGAAUGUGAAUGGUUCCAGCUCGGACACGUACCUUGGUGAGAAUUUGGGGACCGACGGUGUCCGCCGCCGCCGCCACACCAUGGAACGCGACCCCAAACAGGCCGAACAUCGCUUCUUCCGGCGCAGCGUCAUCUGUGACUCCAACGCCACCGCCUUAGACCUCCCCAGCAAGGCCGUCAUCCUCACCUCCCCGCCCGACUGCGAGCCCCCCAGCCUGGGCUGGCUCUCCCUGGCUGUUCCCUCUGUGGUGGUACCCGAGCCGUGCCUGGCGGUGGCCGAGGUGGAAGCAGAUGAGGAAGGAGGGGAUGGGCCUUGUAGUGCGGUAUUAGGGCCCAGUGUUGGUGGCGGUACUAGAGUGGAUGGUACGGUAGUGCAGAUAAAGCCAUGCACGGCAGUAUUGGAUGUUUGCGGCGGAGAGAAAGGAAAGAAGCUGUCGUCGUUCGCCGCCGCAGAGGCUCCUGGAAUGGAGGAGGUGGCGCCCAGUAAAGCGGGGGAGCCCGCGGAGGAGGAGAGCGGUAGUGUUACAGAGGAGAUGCGAGAGGAGAAGGAGAAGGGGGCGGCUAAGGCCCUAUUAGAGGAGCAGAAGAGGGAAGCAGAGAAAAAGGUUCAGGACGACAUAGAGGAAGUAGAGACCAAGGCCAUAGGGACCUCGCUGGACGGACGCUUCCUGAAGUUUGACAUCGAGAUCGGACGCGGAUCCUUCAAGACGGUCUACAAGGGCCUGGAUACGGAGACUACAGUGGAGGUGGCGUGGUGCGAACUGCAGGAUCGUAAGCUGUCUAAGACGGAGCGUCAGAGGUUCAAGGAGGAGGCUGAGAUGUUGAAGGGUCUGCAGCACCAUAACAUUGUACGCUUCUACGACUCCUGGGAGUCUCCCUCCAAAGGAAAGAACUCCAAGUGCAUCGUGCUGGUCACAGAGCUGAUGACAUCAGGCACCCUCAAAACGUAUCUGAAGCGGUUCAAGGUGAUGAAGAUCAAGGUUCUACGUAGCUGGUGUCGUCAGAUCCUAAAGGGGCUCCACUUCCUCCACACCCGGGCCCCUCCCAUCAUUCACAGGGACCUGAAGUGUGACAACAUCUUCAUCACCGGCCCCACUGGCUCCGUCAAGAUAGGAGACCUGGGAUUGGCUACUCUCAAACGGGCCUCCUUCGCCAAGAGUGUCAUAGGUACCCCAGAGUUCAUGGCCCCUGAGAUGUAUGAGGAGAAGUACGACGAGUCAGUGGAUGUGUAUGCCUUUGGGAUGUGCAUGCUGGAGAUGGCCACCUCAGAGUACCCCUACUCCGAGUGCCAGAACGCUGCACAGAUCUACCGCCGAGUCACCAGCGGAGUCAAGCCGGCCAGCUUUGACAAGGUAGCCAUACCAGAAGUGAAGGAAAUCAUCGAGGGAUGCAUCCGCCAGAACAAAGAUGAGAGAUAUGUCAUUAAGAUCCUGCUGAGCCAUGCGUUCUUCCAGGAGGAGACUGGUGUGCGUGUGGAGCUAGCCGAGGAGGACGAUGGGGAGAUGAUCGCUAUCAAACUGUGGCUGAGGAUUGAAGACGUCAAGAAGCUGAAGGGAAAGUACAAGGACAACGAAGCCAUCGAGUUCUCCUUCGACCUCAACAAGGACUUCCCCGAAGAUGUGGCACAGGAAAUGGUCGAGUCUGGCUAUGUGUGCGAGGGAGACCACAAGACGAUGGCCAAGGCCAUCAAAGACCGAGUGUCUCUGAUCCAAAAGAAGAGAGAACAGAGGCAGCUGGUCAGAGAGGAGUUGGAGAAGAGGAAUCAGAAGCAGCAGUAUCCCCAACAAGCAGCGGAGCCCUCAGAUCCCCCAGCAGAGUCAGUUACCCCCCAGCCCCCUGUAGCCCAGACUGAGAAGGAGGACCCCGAGAUGGACCAGCAGCAGUACCAACAGGCCAACAUCUCCAUGUCAUCUGACGGAGCGGUGGACAACGGCCAGGGUUCGUCCGUGUUCUCUGAGUCCCAUCUGGGCCAGCUGAACAUGUCCUAUAGCAACAUCCCUGCCACCCAGCAGCACGGCCAAACCCAGGCCCCCUCCCCCUCUCCUUCCCCCCAGCUGCAGCAACAACAGCAGCAGCUCAAUGCCUACCAACAGCAGAACAUGGUAAGUGACGAGUCGGAGGGAUUAUUAUAUAUUUUUUGUAGUUCUUAGAAAGGUAGAAGUGAAGUGAAUUUCAGUGGA